AUGGAUCAAGUAAGUGCUCAAGGUCGUCCUCUUCCACCUCCUUUUCUCACUAGAGACCUCCAUCUUCAUCCUCACCAUCAAUUCCACACCAACCACCAAGGCAACGAUGAAGAACAACAAAGUGGUAAUGGCAACAUGAGCCGAGGUCAAAAGCGAGAACGAAACAACAACGACGACAUCAACAACACUCCAACCGGCGGAGAUGGAAAAGACGAUGGUGGAAGUGGAAGCGGCGGCGGAGGUAGUGGUGGUGAGAUGGGGAGAAGACCAAGAGGAAGACCUGCAGGUUCGAAAAACAAACCAAAACCGCCCAUCAUCAUCACAAGGGAUAGCGCGAACGCACUAAGAUCCCAUGUGAUGGAAGUCGCCAACGGAUGCGACAUCAUGGAGAGUGUGACGGUCUUUGCGCGGAGGAGGCAGCGUGGUGUCUGCAUCCUCAGCGGAAGUGGGACCGUCACAAACGUGACUCUCCGUCAACCAGCAUCGCCUGGCGCGGUAGUCACACUUCACGGAAGAUUCGAGAUAUUAUCUUUAUCCGGCUCAUUCCUUCCGCCACCUGCUCCACCAGCAGCGUCAGGAUUAGCCAUAUAUCUUGCUGGUGGACAAGGACAGGUUGUCGGCGGAAGCGUGGUGGGACCGCUGUUGGCUUCCGGUCCCGUUGUUAUCAUGGCAGCUUCCUUUGGAAAUGCAGCAUAUGAAAGAUUACCUCUAGAAGAUGAAGAAACACCCGUGAAUGUUCAAGGAGGUGGAGGAUUAGGAUCACCCGGAACUUUGAGUUCUCAACAGCAGCAACAGCAGCAACAGCAACAGCAACAACAACUUGUUCAAGAUCCUAACAACACUUCAUCACUUUUCCAUGGUGUUCCUCAAAAUCUUCUCAAUUCAUGCCAAUUACCAGCUGAAGGUUAUUGGGGUGGAAGUGUUCGUCCUCCAUUUUAA